AUGUUCAGCUCCAUCGAAAGCGUGCCGACAGCAAUCUGCAUUCUCGGCUUCUUCGCGGGAUGUAUGCUAAUGGGUAUGCAGGAGAGCUCAGCGGUGGCUUCGAUGCUUUUUGUGUUCCAUCUGUCUGUUUUCUUUAUCCUGGGGACAUUUAGUGUUAUCUUCCUCCAGGAUGCAGGGCUGGGUCAGCUUUACGACAACAUGAACUGGGAGAGGCAGCCUCCUUUCUGGAACUCGAUAUUCUUCGGAUUCUCAUCAGCAAUGCUGGGAGUUUCUGGCUUCGAAACAUCGGCAAAUUUUGUCGAGGAGCAGAAACCAGGCGUCUUUCCAAAGACACUCAGAAACAUGUGGAUGAGUGUCUCUGUGAUUAACGUUAUCCUGCCAAGCCUCGCGGUGGCUGUGAUACCACUUGACGAACUAACAGGCGAGAAAUCGGCAUACGCACUUGCAUUUCUUGCCGAGCGAGUUGCUGGACCCUUCCUGCGUGAUGUUGUGGCAAUUGAUGCACUUCUCGUGCUGGCUGGAUCUGUGUUAACGAGCUAUGUGGGAGUGGUUGGCCUGUUCCAGCGGAUGGCUGGAGAUAGGUGCUUGCCAGAAUUCUUCAGUGAGACGAACUCCUGGAGAAACACUCCGCACUACACCAUCUUGGUCUUCUUUGCUGUGUGCUCAUCCAUGUGUGUGAUGCUGGAUGGCGACAUCACCUUGUUGUCUGCUAUCUACUCCAUCUCCUUCUUGCUAGUCAUGGGCCUUUUUGCAUUUGGUGGCCUGUGGCUCAAAAUCAACCGGCCGACGUUGCCACGCGUCAUCAAUGCCCAUCCUGCGUUGUUUGUGCGGCACUCGUUUGGCUUCAAGGGUGCUGUCUUCCUCAG